UUUUGUUUUUUCACUCAUUUUGUCUGUCAUCAAAUGGUUAAAAUUACCGUAAGUUUCAUAAAAAGUUAACAUGUUCUGCAUUGUGAUAAAAUACACUGCUGGAUGAAGAGAGUAUUYGUGAGUUGGCAGUGUGAAUUUGGAAAAAAAACAAACUUAAACCUAAAUAAAUAAAUAGCAGACUGAGUUGUCAGAUAAUGGAAAGACAGAUUCUGGUUUAUAGACCCUUCUGAAGUAAAUUAUUUUCUAAAUAUGUCCUUGGUAUUUUUAGUUAUUUUAGAAAAUUAUCUUACAUCUUCAUCAAUCAGAAUAUUUUACUUCUUCGCAGCGCUUUUUAACGCCAGCAUCAUGGACAGGGAUUUUGUUUUAACUUCGUUUCCACUUUGCAACCCCUCUUUGACAUUCCUUCUUAUUGUUGAAACAUGUAAGAUUUGGACUUUAAAGUCUGAACGAUCUUGAUUUUAAAAUUAUUUUUGACUUUAACGUCUGAAUAUUUUGUAUUUAUGUGUCAAGUCAGGUCAGUCAAGCUUCAUGUUUUAAUGCGGUUUUUUGUUGUUCUUUUUUAUGCAAAAAACAUUAAAAGCUGAACAUCCUAAUUCUGCUCUGCAGUUUUAUUCUGUGGACUCUUAGCGCCGCUGUUGACUUCAAAUUUGUUGACCCAGUAUAUGGGUGAAGCUGCUGCGUCUCCUUUGUAACAUCGCCAUAUUGCAAAGGGAGCUCGAAAAGAAAGCCUCCGAAAAUUGCUGACGGACGAUGGUUGUUUAAAAAAUCUUGGCGUUUGCACAUUUUCAUUUCGRAUUUCUCCGCCGUCAGUGUUUYAUGAGGACACGCUCGGAUUUGAUGUGGGACGAUUAACACMAUUUUUUGUGGAAAUAGAGACUGGGCUUCAUAGGGAGAGAAUCAGAUCAAACAAUGAAGCGGCAAGUACUACUGGCGUUGUUCUUUCUCUUCCUCAUCAGCUCCGCGAUCGGACAAAUAAGCUACUCUAUUCCAGAGGAAAUGCCAAAGGGGUCCCUKGUGGGAAAUAUCGCACAUGACUUAGGUUUAAAUACGAAACGUUUUAUAUCGGGUAAAGCAAAGAUUCAUACCAGGAACAGUUUGGAGUACGUGGAGCUGAACAGAGAAAGAGGAUUGCUCUUCGUAAAAGAAAAGAUCGACAGAGAGGCGCUGUGCACAGAGGUUACGGUUUGUAGUCUAGACUUUCAGAUAAUUUUGGAGAAUCCUAUAGAAUUUUACACCGUUACUGUCCAGGUUACAGAUGUYAAUGAUAAUGCACCGACAUUUGAAAAAGGCGAGAUGAAUUUCAAAAUAAGUGAAUCAGCAACACCAGGAGUAGAAUUUGUGUUAGAGAGGGCUGAGGAUCAUGAUGUUGGAAUCAAUGCUGUUCAAAAAUACGAAUUAAAACCAAGCGAUAAUUUUGCUUUGAAGCUGCACAAUAAUCCACAUGAUAAGAAAAAUGUGGAGAUGGUGUUACAGAAGCCUUUAGACAGAGARACAGAGGAGCAGAUUAAUCUAGUACUGACCGCCAUAGAUGGAGGAGACCCACAAAUGUCGGGAACGAUGCUUAUUGUAAUAACAGUUUUAGACGUAAAUGAUAAUGCUCCGCGUUUUACACAGAAAACGUACAAGGCAGCACUUACAGAAAACUCCCCUAUUGGCACUAGUGUUGCUUCUGUUACAGCCUCAGAUGCAGAUCAAGGUCCUAACGGGAAAAUAACAUACUCAAUCACAAGUACGCAAGCGAACGUUAGGAAAAUAUUUGAGAUAAACAAGGAAAGUGGAGAGGUAUCACUAAUUGGAAAUAUUGACUUCGAAAAAAACAAAUUAUUUGAAAUUAUUAUAGGUGCAACAGAUGAUGGAGGACUUACUGAUUCAUGUAAGCUAAUUGUUGAAGUGCAAGAUGUUAAUGACAAUAAGCCUGAAAUUAGUAUAAUGUCAAAGUCAAAUGUUAUAUCAGAGGAUGCUGUAGUAAAUACAGUUGUAACAGUGAUAAAUAUUGAGGAUAUUGACUCUGGAGAAAAUGGGAGAGUGAAAUGCUUUAUCAAUGAACAUAUGCCAUUUGUUCUGAAAAUGUCAGCAAAUAAUUUCUACAGUUUAGUGACAGACAGUGAAUUAGAUAAGGAAACAUAUUCUGAGUUUAAUAUCACAGUAAUUUGCUCUGAUGAAGGAGUACCCUCCCUCUCCAGCAGCAUCACUUUCACCUUGCAGAUCUCUGAUGUGAAUGAUAACGCACCUGUCUUUGAGAAGAGCUCAUAUGAGGCCUACAUUGUAGAAAACAACACACCAGGUGUCUCUGUAUUUACAGUGAAAGCUACAGAUGCUGACUGGAACCAGAAUGCYCGUGUUUCUUACAUUUUGGAGGACUCCUUUGUUAACGGAGUACCAGUCUCCUCAUAUGUGUCCAUCAGUGCUGAUAAUGGAGUCAUUCAAGCAGUGCGAUCUUUUGACUAUGAGCAGAUCAAAGAUUUCCAGUUCAGCAUUAAAGCGCAGGAUGGAGGCUCUCCUCCACUCAGCAGAGUGCCCUCCCUCUCCAGCAGCGUCAUUCUGACAUUACAGAUUUCUGAUGUGAAUGACAACGCACCUGUAUUUGAGAGGAGCUCGUAUGAGGCCUACAUUGUAGAAAACAACACACCAGGUGUGUCUAUAUUUACUGUGAAAGCYAMAGACGCUGACUGGAACCARAAUGCYCGUGUUUCUUACAUWCUGGAGGASUCCUYUAUUAACGGAGUGCCAGUCUCUUYAUWUGUAUCUGUUAGUGSUGAKAGUGGAGUCAUCCAUGCAGUKCGYUCYUUWGACUACGAGCAGAUCAAAGAUUUYYADUUYYGCRUDAAAGCGCARGAUGGAGGCUCUCCUCCACUBARYAGCAACRUSACUGUGAAAAUCCUGAUCCAGGAYCAGAAUGAUAAUCCACCUCAGGUUCUGUACCCAGUCCAGACUGGUGGCUCCAUGGUGGCUGAAAUGGUGCCUCGUUCAGCAGAUGUGGGCUACCUGGUGACUAAAGUGGUGGCUGUGGAUGUGGACUCUGGACAGAAUGCCUGGCUCUCCUWUAAACUCCAGAAAGCCACAGAMAGAGCGCUGUUUGAAGUKGGCUURCAGAAUGGAGAAAUAAGAACUAUCCGUCAGGUGACUGAUAAAGAUGCUGUGAAACAAAGACUGACUGUCAUAGUGGAGGACAACGGGCAGCCCUCUCGUUCAGCUACAGUCAUUGUUAACGUGGCGGUGGCGGACAGCUUCCCUGAAGUGUUGUCGGAGUUCACUGACUUUCCACAUGAUAAGGAAUACAAUGACAACCUGACGUUUUACUUAGUGUUGGCUCUGGCUGUGGUUUCCUUCCUCUUCAUCACGUGUUUAGUGGUUAUUAUAUCAGUGAAGAUCUACAGAUGGAGACAGUCUCGCAUCCUGUAUCACUCCAGCCUCCCUGUGAUUCCAUAUUAUCCACCUCGUUACUCAGACACUUUGGGAACAGGRACUCUGCCACACGUGUACAAUUACGAGGUGUGCAGGACGACUGACUCCAGAAAGAGUGACUUGAAGUUCGAAAGAGCUGGUAGUCAGAACGUGUUAAUAAUGGACCCCAGUUCAACAGGGACGAUGCAGAGGAUACAGAGCGAGAAGAGCAUCCUGGAUGAACCUGAUUCUCCUCUUGAGGUUAGUUAUAAUAAUCAGCUAUAA